AUGAGAGUCAGUCCGCGGCUACUCAUGAACAAGCUGGUGGAUAUCCGUUCGGUCACCACCCUCAAGGAUAGAGUCAUACCAUCUUACAAUCAGUUGCCAUACAGCAACUUGCACAACUUGCACUGGCCAUCGGAUAAGCCACUUCAGAAUAUAUACGUGGUCAAGAAGCCUUGGGUUCCUGAUGUCAGAGACGCAAUGAUGAAGUUCAUCACAUUUAUUCACCAGAGACAUCCGAACUGCAACAUCAUAGUUUCUCCAGAUGUGGCUGAUGAGAUAGCAGAAGAGACAAAGGAAAGUAAGCAACCGUGCGUUAUAUAUUCUGGAAAAAACAGCGAAAUUGUCCAGAAGACGGAUCUUUUGGUUUCUCUCGGGGGAGAUGGGACUAUUUUGAGAGGUGUGUCGACUUUUUCAAAUACAGUGGUUCCACCAGUUCUGUCGUUUUCACUGGGGACUCUGGGAUUUUUGUUACCUUUCAACUUUCAGAGUUUUGAGAAUGCUUUUGAGGAGGUGUACCAAUCGCAGGCAAAACUGUUACACAGAUCUAGACUGGAGUGCCAUUUUACCAAGAAGAACAACACCAAGGCGUUGGACGGGGACAUAAACGACUCCCGGAUAAAGAUCCACGCCAUGAACGAUAUAGUGUUACACAGAGGAUCGAUGCCUACACUCACCACGUUGGAGAUUUGCAUUGACGAUCAACUUUUCACCCGGACAACUGCUGAUGGGAUCAUCCUAGCCACACCCACAGGGUCCACUGCGUACUCACUAUCUGCUGGAGGGGCCAUUGUGAACCCAGCAGUGCCAUGCAUUCUAAUGACCCCCAUCUGUCCAAGAUCUUUGUCUUUCAGGCCGUUGGUUCUCCCAGCCACCUCCAAGAUCAAAGUGAAGGUAAUCGGCAAGGAACAGUCGAGAACCUCCAAUGCCAAACUGACGGUCGACGGCGUCCCUCAGGAUUAUUUGAACCCGGGCGAUGAGAUCUACGUGAAUACAGAGACAGCUUCCCCAGAUAAAGAUACAGGCAUAUGGUGUGUGGUGAAGUCCGAUCACGAUUGGACAUCGGGCAUCAACGAGUUGCUUGGGUUCAACUCCGGGUUCAAGGGUACGAAUAAGUGA